CUCGCCUUCCCUCGCGCCUCUCAGGUUCCGCCUCUUGACGGCCCCGCCCCAAAUGAACACGCCCUCCGUGGCCCCGCCCCCGCGCCGCAGCGACAAGAUGGCGGCGGGCGGCAGCGGGCGUGCGUCGUGCCCGCCGGGGGUCGGGCCUGGCACGGGCGGCCUGGGGCCCAGCGCCAAUGCCGCCGCGGCCGCCGGCAAUGCCGCUGCCUGCGCCCCGGGGCCGCCGCCCCCUCCGUCCCCGCCACCCGGGCCCGGGCCGGACGCGCAGGCCGUGGGCGACGAGCGCGACGACGCGGGCCCGGGCGCGCUGCUGCGCGAGCCCGUGUACAACUGGCAGGCCACCAAACCCACGGUGCAAGAGCGCUUCGCCUUCCUCUUCAACAACGAGGUGCUGUGCGACGUGCACUUCCUGGUGGGCAAGGGGCUCAGCUCGCAGCGCGUCCCUGCGCACAGGUUUGUGCUCGCAGUGGGCAGUGCUGUCUUCGAUGCGAUGUUCAAUGGUGGAAUGGCCACCACAUCCACUGAGAUCGAGUUGCCUGACGUGGAGCCCGCUGCCUUCCUGGCACUGCUCAAGUUCCUGUAUUCGGAUGAAGUACAAAUUGGGCCCGAGACAGUGAUGACCACGCUGUAUACCGCCAAGAAGUACGCCGUGCCCGCACUCGAGGCUCACUGUGUGGAGUUCCUGAAGAAGCACCUACGGGCUGACAAUGCCUUCAUGCUGCUCACGCAGGCUCGACUCUUCGAUGAGCCCCAGUUAGCCAGCCUGUGCCUGGAGAGCAUAGACAAGAACACGGCUGAUGCCAUCUCCGCCGAGGGCUUCACUGACAUUGACCUGGACACACUGGUGGCAGUGCUGGAGCGGGACACUCUCGGCAUCCGUGAGGUUCGGCUGUUCAAUGCUGUAGUGCGCUGGUCUGAAGCUGAGUGUCAGCGGCAGCAGCUUCAGGUCACACCUGAGAACAAGAGGAAGGCGCUAGGCAAGGCCCUGGGUCUCAUCCGCUUCCCCCUGAUGACCAUCGAGGAGUUUGCCGCAGCCAGCCCUCUGCCCGCAGGCCCGGCGCAGUCCGGCAUCCUGGUGGACCGGGAGGUGGUCAGUCUCUUCCUACACUUCACUGUCAACCCCAAGCCGCGCGUCGAGUUCAUCGAUCGGCCCCGCUGCUGCCUUCGCGGCAAGGAGUGCAGCAUCAACCGGUUCCAGCAGGUGGAGAGCCGCUGGGGCUACAGUGGCACCAGUGACCGAAUCAGGUUCUCCGUGAACAAGCGCAUCUUUGUGGUGGGCUUUGGGCUCUACGGAUCCAUCCACGGGCCCACUGACUAUCAAGUGAACAUCCAGAUCAUCCACACGGACAGCAACACGGUCCUCGGGCAGAAUGACACUGGUUUCAGCUGCGAUGGCUCCGCCAGCACCUUCCGUGUUAUGUUCAAGGAGCCAGUGGAGGUCCUGCCCAAUGUGAACUACACGGCCUGCGCCACGCUCAAGGGCCCGGACUCUCACUACGGCACCAAAGGCCUACGCAAGGUGACUCAUGAGUCACCCACCACGGGAGCUAAGACCUGCUUCACCUUCUGUUACGCGGCCGGGAACAACAAUGGCACGUCCGUGGAGGAUGGGCAGAUCCCGGAAGUCAUCUUCUACACCUAGGCCUUUCUCCACCCAGGCCACCCCUUGCCAGCCACAGGCCAGCCUCCCUCCCUGCCACUUCCCUCGUCAUCACGGAAGGGGCUGCCUUGUGUCCACAGUGACAAGUGUGACCCCAGCCAAGGCACUGGAGAGUUGGUCGGGUCAUGGGCUGGGUCCUGUCAAGACAAUCCCUCAGUCUUGGGGGGCAGAGGGGCCUGGUCCCGUAUGGACAGCUGCUGGGUGCCAGGGGCGGUGGCUUGGGCGUCUGUGGUCCCACUGUGGUCCCUGCAGCUCAGGCAGCAGGCCCGCUCCGUGCCCAGGGUGCCACGGCAUCCCCUGUCCGUUCUCUGAAACUGCACUCUGCAAUGCAUUGGAGCCACACCCGCUCUAGCCCAUGCUCAGGCCUGUCCUCCAGCCGAUGGUUUGGGUUUCAUGUUCCUUCGUUCUCUGCUGCUCCCUAGGGACCCAGGGCCUGACCCGUGUACACUGAGGUCCCCUGAAGCCCUUGGCCUCCUGGGCGUGUGCAUGUGCAGGGCAUGGUCAGUCCUGAGAAGCCUUGGCCGGGGCUGGUGGCCUUGCUGGAAACUCUGUCCCAGGAUGGGUGUGAUGUGGGCCAUUGUUUCUGCCCCUCCCGCAGUGUUAGGACAAGGCCAUCACCACCCAGCCUCCGUGGAUCUGCUCCCGCAGGGGAGGCCAGCAGAGCUCAGCUCUGAGCCUGCAGGGCUGGAGCCGCAGGUCAAGCCCCACCCAGAUGCACUGCGCCUGCAGCUGUGGCCCCCGGGAACCACAGCACCCUGUGCAAACCACAGCCCUGGUUCUCAAAGCCACCGGGCUCCCCGUCCUCAUGCCCCAGGAGGCACAGUCCUCUGUCUGGGGCCCCUCCCUCGUGUCACCAUACCUUGACCUCCUGCCCAGAGCCCAUGUCCUCCCCAAAGCCAUGGGAGGUGAGCCCUCCACACUGUGUCCCCAAAUGAUUUUUUUUUAAUAAAGGAAAGAAACAUAA